AUUCCGAAUAGUGCAUUAAAUAGUUUCAUAAUUUAUUUUCUGCAAUUGUAAAAAAAUUAAUUACUGCUAUGAAAACAGAUGGCUUCCUAUGGAGGGAAGUCAUCGUCAGUCAGUAAGAGUGCGCAAAAUACAAAACAUAAAACAUUGAAAAUUCAUAGAAUACGCGAUUAUUUGACAUUCGUGCACAUAAUUUGUUCUCGUUCAAUUCGUUUGUUUUGCAGAAAACAAAACGGAGGAGAAAGAUUGAAGAAGAGAAUUGGUGUGAAUUGCAAGUGAAAUAUGGCUUAAUUAUAAUUAAAAGCUUAAGAAUAUAUUACAUUUAUACAAAUUUAAGCAAUUAUGAUACCAUAAAAACAAAAGUACGAGUUAAGAUAUGUGCCAGUGUACACAGAAAAAUUAAUUAAGUAAAAAUCGAAAGGACGAUUUGCCGUGCUAUAAUCGCCGAAGUUCAAUUACAACAAACCAAUUAAACGCAAUAACAAGUGCAAUUUACAAUUAAUUAGACAUAAUGGAAAUAGUAUUAAUAAAAUAGUUAAAAAGUAUCAAGUUUUGGCACUUGCGCCGGCCGGAUCAUCGAUUUCAUGUGUUGAUAUUGAAAAUAUAUAAGAAAAUUCUUUUUGUUUGUAUACUAAAAAUAAUUAUGGAAACAGUGCAAACAUUAGGCUGUUUACUGAAAAUAUAAAAAGGAUAUAUACGAAACGUUGGUACAAUAUGAACGCUGUUUGUGUGUAUGUAUCCACGGCUCAAUUAGUGCUACAAACUGAAAGUGUUGCAGUGCAGAGUGAGCAACAGUUGCAUGAUUUGAAUCGUCUACUGUCGCAUUUGCGCCAACUGCUCUCCUGUGUUGUAUGUUGUCGUUUACUGAACGAUCCAUAUGGACCGAGAAAUAAACGAUGUCAGCACAACGUUUGCAGAGUAUGCAUACAUGGGCAGAAAUCACUCCGUCCAUUGUGUAUACAUUGCAGGGAUUGUCAGGAUUAUAAAACAUACGAUGAGAAUCGUCAAAUGCGAUGCCUAAUGGUCUGCUACAAAAGUUUAUGUGAAUUUUUAACCGGCGCGCCAAUGUUUGAUCAACUGAGUAAAUUAAAAUUAAGUAAUAUAGUAAAUAGUAUCAGUUGUAGUUUGCCGCUGCCGAAUAUGUCACCACAAGAACUCGUACUGGAAGGAGCCAACUAUGAUGAUAUAUUAAAUGCUUUUAAUGCCGACCUGCCGCAUGCUAUUAUCCCAAAUUUACACUUUCCAGUAAGUUCGUCGCAUACGCUGAUAAAUUCUUCGUCAGUGUCGGCGUCAGCAUCAGCAACAUCACCUAUGGCACCUGCUUCAACAGUACACAUACAUGGAGUAUCUCAAAGCAUAGUUAAUACAACUACUCCUCCCAUAAGCUCAUCAACACAUUUUGUAAAACCACGUAUGCACAUUAAUCCAAAUAGUACAACAUCACCUCCUCUUCUACCCACCACUACAGUACAAACACAAACUCUAACGUUAAAGCAUUUAAAAAGUAUAAUGGAUCUAUCGCCGACGGUCAAGCUACCUAUACUCUCGAAUUUGAGCACAAAAUCCGUUACGGCAUCCACAACUGAAUCUAAAAUGUCUAACGUUGUUGUUACAGUCGGUUCGUCACCAGUAUCAAAAACGCCUCUCUCUAUUGCUUCAUCAAAAUUGCAAGGUCUGAAUCGGCAACUUGGAUCAACGCGAAAUGCUUUUAUAGUAUCUUCAAAUGCAUCAAAAACGAGUACAAGUAGUGAGACCCAUCCGCCGCUCACUUUAAAAGUAUCAUUGAGCGGUGCAUCAUUUCGCACUAUACAACCCAAAGCGAAUAGUUCUGCAUCCACAACGCCCACUACAGCAACAAUCACGUCACAGCAGAUUUUGAAUCCACCACCAAUCAAAACAGUAUCAAAUGGUUCUGCAAUGUACUCAGUAUUAUAUACAGGCAUCGGCAAUAAAAUCACAAUCAAAAGAAAAAUUGAUGGCGACGAGGAUUCUACUCAAAGGAAAAAUACGAGUGCAUCCUCGUCUUCGUCAACAGUAUUUGGACAAAACACAAAGACGAGCAGUAAGAAACGGGGAUGCCGUUGCGGGAAUGCCACUCCUACACCUGGUAAAUUAACUUGUUGUGGACAGCGUUGCCCAUGCUAUGUAGACUCUAAAUCUUGUAUUGGUUGCAAAUGUCGAGGUUGUCGUAAUCCUCAUCGUCCGGACGGAAACAAAGUUCGGCCAGUUAUACCUGAACUUGCCUGCUAUGAAAUUCAGAUGGCUGACGAUAACUCCAGACUUAGUCCAAGUGAACUUCCAAUAGCAACAACAAGGUCCACAUCAACGUUACCAACAUCCACAAUAGUGUCCUAUGGCGAGAACAGUCAAACGGAAUCACCAAAUCAACUAGACGAAUUCACAUUUAACAAUGCAACAAGGGGGCAUCAAAUGAAUAUGACGUCGUCAGGUGCUGGUGUAUCCAGUACUACUUCAACGACAACAGGAGCUUUGAUACCCAUUCUCAGCUUACAGCAAAAUACUCCGCAAAUGCAACAGCAAGUUCAAAACUUAAAUCCGUUAAAUGGUGGACUCUCAAGAAACGAAGUGGUACAACCAUCAAGCAUGUUACAGUUGGAGAAUCUUCAAAGCAAAUCAGUGCUUAUACAAAACUCUGAGGGCAAAUAUCAAGUGGUGAAUGUUUUGACUACGGGGUCAACUGUUCAAAGUACUAAUCAGAUGCCCGGAAUUCAAUGUUUACAAACAAUUUCUCAGCUGCAGAGUGGUGGUCAAAGCAGUAGCAGCAGUAUAUCAUCUAUUGCAAACACACCUUUCACGACUAGCUUCUCCCCAACAUUGACGCAACUUUUCACAACACAAGACCAACAACAACAGCAGCAACAAGUAGUAAAUUCAUCAAAUGGACAAACGUCAAUUGUUACGUCUCAUGUUCAACAGCAUUUCAACUCAAAUAAUAACAACUUCAUCACCCUGCAUUCACUUUCCAGUCCACACACCACAACAAGCUCUUUAACACAAGCCAUGCCUCUUAACUCAUCGACUAGCUCUCAAUCUAUUACGCUAUCACCGAUAAUUGUAACAUCACCGGAUAGUUUUACGCCGGAUAUCUUCUCAGAUUCUUCAGAUGAAUUUCCAAGCCUAUCCAAUGCAUUAUCUGUUUCUUCCAGCACGAAUGCCUCACGCUGUGUUUCCAUAGCGGCUGCGGCAGCAGGGCAUAACUCGUCGUCACCGCUGUCAAUAGGAAGUGGCGGCGGUCGGAGCAACACUCCAAACGUACACAGUACAACUCAGCUUGCACCAAUCGCCGAGCUUAUUGACUCCAAUGACUUACUCAAUCUGGAGCCAAAUUGGUUUGCAUGUCUUUAGCAAAUUUGUGUUUAAGCUUUUUUACAUACUCUGAUAAUUAAUAAAAUUGUUUUUAUCUGUAAAUAGUUCCAGAACUAUAGUCAAUGUAAGCUAUGUUAAGUAUGUGAAUAGCAUUCAUUAAACUAAUGUUAAUAUUAAGCAAUCUGUAUAUAUUAUAGUAUUUGUUAACCUUAUACUUUUAAUCGAUUUGAAAUUCAUUGAUUCAUGCUAGGAUAAUGAAAAACAGAAACAAAAUAAAAUAAAAACUGAUGUGAAAACAUAUAAUGGAACAAAUAUUCAAACUUAUAUCUAGGCUUAGUGUACACUAUGUUUAUAAAAACUACAAUAAUAAUAAAAAUAACCAAUCUAUAUAAUACAACACAUUCUAUAGUAAAUACUAAGUAUAUGUGUUUGUGUUGUUCGUGUUUUGAUCUAUGUACAUUUGUCGUUUAUGAAUCUUGACGAGACUCUCUUCUCAAAGAAUAAAAUGAUUAUUGUCAAAAACUGA